AUGGAAGAAUCAAUCGGAUACCUGGAAUUCCUUUUCGCGCGCUCGGCAAUCGCUACUGCAGCACGCGCAGCCAACCUCCCCUCGACAAUCGAUCUCGUCUGCACAACAUACAAGUCUGAGAAAAGAGAUGGGUCGCCGCCGGCUGUGCUGCAGGAGGAGUGUCUUCAUGGACACCGACUUGGAUUCAAUGGCAAGCAGUGUAUUCACCCGUCGCAGGUGAGUGUUGCGAACGAUACAUUUGGUCCACAGGAGGAGGAGACGACGUGGGCGGUGCGGUGUGCGAUUGCUGAUGAUAAAGCUGCUGCCGCGGGGCGCGGAGCUUGGACUCUGGAUGGUAAGAUGAUUGAUGUGCCUGUUGCGCAGAAGGCAAGGGCUAUUGUUAGAAAGGCUGAGGCCGUCGGUGUCGAUAUUCAGGCAUUCAAUGGAAAUAGGCUUGAGUAA